CUCGCGACUAAGGGUUCAGAGAGAGGCCUCCGGUUCCCGGGCACUUUAGGGGACAGAAGGCUGAAACGAUGCAUCAGAUUUACAGCUGCAGCGAUGAAAAUAUAGAAGUUUUCACCACUGUGAUUCCUUCCAAGGUGUCCAGUCCAGCCAGAAGAAGAGUCAAAAGCUCUCAACACCUCUUGAGUAAGAAUGUGGUGAUCGAGUCGGACCUGUACUCUUCCCGGCCCCUGGAGCUGCUGCCGCACCGCAGUGACCGCCACGACAGCGAGGGCCGCAGGUCUGGUCGGCUGCAGAGCUCAUGGCAGCAGGGACUCCACCCUGCCAAGACCCCCGCCAGACCAGGGGGGAUUGCCGAGCCCAAGCCAUCAAACCUGUGUGGGAGUCGAGCCUAUGGAAAGUCUCUGAUUCCCCAGGUGGCCCGGAUCUCGGUGAAGGCCCCCACAGCUGUCCUGGAGGUGGCAGCCACAGGCUCAGAGAACAGAGCUGCUCUGACAAGAGGAUCCAGACAUCUCAAGAAGACGGCUGAAGAGUAUCCAACCCUCCCCCAGGGAGCAGAAGCCUCCCUGCCACUGACCGGGAGCGUGUCGUGCGGGGUCCCCAGCAUCCUCCGGAAAAUGUGGGCGAGGCACAAGAAGAAGUCUGAAUACGUGGGAGCUACCAACAGCGCCUUUGAGGCUGACUAGAGGGGACCUUCCCCGGGUGCCUUGCGUUGGCCAAAAUUCACCGCACGGGGAGAAAGCUGGGCUGGAAUGUGGCCACACUUACCUCCGAGGGCAGCUGGUCUGAACACAUACAUCGUCCUCCCUUACUACCCGAUCACCUGGCUAAUGACUCACGAAAGGAACUUCCCUCGAAGGCCAAAGAAAAUUGUUGUUUCUCAGAAUCGCUAAAACCCCUGGUCUGAAAAUGACUUUGGGAGGUCAUAAGUUUAUAUUCCUAUCUUUAAGCAAAACCACGCCAAAAUAAAAUUCUCCAGCCCAUUUUAAAGACUCCCAAGGAAGGAAGCAGGGGAUUCUUUCAUUUUUCUUGUGAGCACUUCUACUGUGUGUGAUUCCUGAUAUAAAUGUAAGCGCUUGAUGUUUGAGACACUUGUAAACACAACGGUUCUCACUACUCCGUUGUCACACUGACUGCGUUUUGAGGGGUACGAUUUUCAAUGACAAGGCACUACAUACUGACUUAGUAUUGCAAAUAUCUGCUUGAGAGUAAUGUCAAGUUGGGUUUGGAUGACCAUUUGGCAUGAUUGCAUGAAUUUUCUAUUCUUUUAUGUGCCAUUUUUAAUAGAAAAAUAUAAUUAAAAGUUAAAUGUUGAAUGCUAAUGUUUUCUGAAAUGGCAUAGUUUAGUGGAAUUAGUAAUACUUUACUAUAAUGAUUUCAACUUUUGAAAGUGCUUUCCUAUCCAUUAACUCCUCUCUUCACAAUCGUUCCCAGUCUCCAGGUAGGGAGGCCUUCACAGGUUGUGUGACUACAUAUCAAACAGUGGACCUAGGUACCAGCUCCUCCACUUCCCCACCAGACUUGUUGCUUUGCUUACCCUGGCAACUGACCUGAGGAAGGUUUCCAGUAGUAGGAGUGUGUUUCUGGGAGCAAUCUUUGAAGGGGAGAAUUUCCAAAGCUGGAACAAUAAGUGAUUUGAAUGAAAUACAUUAUUAUGCAUUAGCUUAAACCGAAAGAAGCUGUUGUGUUUGGAGGUCAAAGCCAAUUGAGUAUCAAUUUCAUAUAGUUCCACCUAAGGUGUCAUAUUAUGCUUUCCUUCUUUUAAUGGGAAUGUCAUUAUCAACUUCGUCUUCAACAUCAGUAGCCUUAAAGGUAAUAUGAUAAUGUUAGCUAUAACUUAUGAAAUGCCUCCUGCGUCCAGGCAUGAGCACUUUAUGUACAUUGUCCCAGUCUCUCUAACAGCUCUGAGUUAGGUGGCCCUACCCAGUUAAUAGGUACCACUUAAAGUGGUUAAAUGAUUAGUCUGAAGGCACCUAACCGUAUGGGUGUCAGGCUUCAAUGCCUGUGUUAUAUCUACUUGCUCACACAGAGUAGUUCAGAACAUAGAGAAGGAUCAAGGUUAGUAAAUAAUGUUGAUCUCAGAUGCUAACCACAGUUGAUCGCCUGAGGCUGCAUGGAGUUCUGUGUGGAGAUGGAAUAUGAGAUGAAGGAGUACAAGGAUCAGUUAGUAUCACUUGUCUGUGGAGGGGCUCUGGGACCUAUGCCUUGUAUAUUGUCCUCUGUGGUUUCAAGUCUUCCCUGAGAAGCUUAAGUUAUCUCAACUAAUUCAGAGGCUUAAAUUAAUCCAACUCACUUAACAAAACCUGACACUCCAUGGUGAAAUUUAAGACUUGGUUGGAAAUUGCCAUGUCUUAGUACAAAGAAGAAUUUGGCCACAUUACUGGUUUUGGACUCACCUGCUAUUCAUAUGCUGCUGCUCUGUGACCACAUGUUCCUUUUUGCUAAGUUAUCUGUUUCCUUAUCUCUAUGUGAACUGUAAGAAGGUGUGUGAGGGGGUGUUUAAAACGCUUCAACUUCUGCCUUUCACCUCGCUGAUCUCUGCUCUGCAACUGUUGUUUUAGAUUUUGCACACCCAGUCCUUGCAUCUGAAUAUGAUUUGGAGAUUAGGGUACCAAGAGCUCUUUCAACAAGGGCCUACUCACAAAGGCCUAAUAAUCUUACUGGGUAGAUAAUGGAGCCAGGAACAAAGUUAGAGAGCAAACAGGGGAUUUAUGCUGGACCUAUCAAUCAGAGUAUCCUAAAACUAUUUAUUUUAACUUAUUUAAUUUAUAACUAAUUGAUGGCCUCUAUUUGUAUGUGAUAGCUGGAGAUUUCUGUAG